AUGCCUCUUUCCUCUACCUGUGUCGAAUUGGUCAGUGAAUGCCUGUCUCAUAUGAAAGAGGCGGAACUUUUGGCCUGCAUGCAGGUCUGUAGUUCAUGGAGGGAGGAAGCUAAAUCGUUCAUUUUCGAGACGUUGGACCUCAGGAAAGAUCAAAAAAAACUUGUGGAAUUGCAGGAUUAUCCCCAUCGUAUACGCUAUGUUCGGCAUAUCAUCGGUGACCCGUACUAUCCCUUCACUCACUUUCGUGCUGCACCAACGAAUGUAAGGACUCUCGAGUUUUAUGGAACCUCUACUCUGGGUCCACCAAUGUCUUCGGAAUACACGAAUCAACUCAUAUUCACUUUUCGUCUCAAUCUCGAGAUUUUCAUCUUCCGCGAUUUUGUCGUGUUGCCAUAUCCUUCCUUCUGUACCAUCCUGAAAUCCCUUGGCAAUUGCAAACGGCUUCGCCAGUUGUCGCUACCCCCUGUUCACUGGUCGGGCAGUGAGUUGCGCCAGAACCACGCCGAUGAUGCCGACGAUGCCUUUCGCCGAUUGGCUCUUGAAUUGCCCAAUGUCGAGGAUCGGCCGCAGCUUCAAUUCCUGCAGCUUGUUCCUUCGAGUGAACGAGAGUCCCCCCAGGUGUCAACUACAGCUUGCACAAAGGGCCCUCGGGAUUCUGAAUACAGAUGGUUGGAGGACCACAACUGUCCUUUUGAUCUUCAUGCUCUUCGGGUUCUUGUAGUCGGAUGUCCUGCCGCCGCCCAGAUUAUUCUCCCUAUCGUGUCGCAUAGUCUUUUAAGGCUUGAAUUUUGUCAGGCGUUUGACCCGCGUUCGUCCUGGACACAGUUUGGUAGGUUAACUUCACCCUAUGAUGUUUUGAAUUCGAGACUAACAUCCACUAUAGAACAUUUCCAGACAGCCCCCAUUCAGCUAUCUUCUUUGAAACAUCUUGUGUUGACGUUCCUCCUUUGUCCUUCGAAAUGGCUCCUGGAUACAAUUCGCGCGCCAGAAAUUGAAACUAUCACUUUCAAAUGGGCGACCGACAUGUCUCAUUCUUUUUACGAGGCUCGAUUUCGACUUAUAGACGGUCAGAUAGCAAGAUUGGAUCCCACUCGUGUGUUUCCUCAUCGCAUGGCACAAAUCAUUUUUGUCACCAAUUGUCAUUUGCGCCCUAGCACGCAAUGGGACUUGAGCGUCUUUCCGAUAUCUUCUCAUUUUGGUGUUGUAGUCUCUCAUCAGCCUUUCACAUUCUAUGAUGAAUAA